CAGUGUAGGCUUAUUACAUUAAGAGAUUCGUUCUUAUUAAAUGAAACAAGCGGCGCAGAUGUGGAUCACCAAGACUCCAACUGUCCAAUAUCACACGUCACAAGUUUGACAGCUUUAGAUCGUCAAAUCAGAUUGCUUGGAGAGAGGGGAUAGAGCUCAGGCUUUACUACUCCUGCAAAAUUAAGAUUAGUUAUAGUCUACUUACUCACCUCCCCCAACCCACGCAGCAGUUCUCCUUACAGGUUCGGAGCGUUCCCGGAGCCCCACACGCGCCCUACUCCGUGUGACCCUACCUUCACCAUGAGCACUGCCCUGACUUGUCAAGAUCCGAGCUUUGUAGGGGGCCAACUCUACAACUGCCCUUACCCAGCCCCAACGUCGGCAGACAGUGUUGACGUUUCCACGGUGACUGUGGCCUCCUUUUGGGCCGCUGGUCCCCCGGACGACACAGCAUGCCAGCACGAGCCAACACAGCGGGAACUCUACUCUUGCUUAGACUUUGGGACCUCUCGACCUGACCCAAUCUGGACUGACCACCUGUCACCACAUUUGCAGAGAAACAAGCAGCUUCAAGACACGUUGAUACAGAGAGAGGGGGAACUGGCAAGACUGCAUGAGGAAAAUAACAAACUCAAAGAAUUCUUAAACUCUUCAUUUGUGAAAACGUUGGAGGAAAAAACAAAGAGACUUCUCUCUGCUCAGAGUGGCGAUAGGAGGAGGAACCGGAAGCGGAAUUCCGAAAUCCAGAAUCUGCAUGGUGUUGGAGAAUUCCGGAACCUCAGUGCCAGUCAGCUUCUCCUUGGUUCUCAGGUGAAACGGACCUGCCGGAACUUGUCCCUGCAGUUCUGUUCAGAAGAGGAGCUAGCCAGCACCCCACCUGUGGACCUGUGGAUCCUGCAGACCUUGGGCCUGAAGGACGAGGACACCAUCGAUACAACAUCCACUGAAUACAGCUUUAACUCCUCCAUUGACUCCCUCACCAAAUGUAGCACCAUCACAGACUCCUCUGGUGACUACUGCCAAACAACCGAUCAUAAAUCCACCGCUUAUGACACACCUACUGAUGGCCCUGGUCAUGGUGCCAGUGUAGGACUAUACACUGAUUACUGCUUUAACACCAACAGUGACUACAGUGUCUCUACAGACUCCGUCUCUAACUUCACUGGAACUGUGCCCUCUACUCCAUACAGCCCUAGCAUAGAAGUCACCCCCAAUUUCCAGGCCACCCCUUAUGAAGCCCCACUGCCCCAAUUAGUCAACACUCUCUCGUCAAUUGACCCAAUACAGCCAUUCAGGCCCAUCUUAGCCUCCUCUCCCAACCUGUCUCAGGACAGUAGUCCAGGGCUGUACCACACUCCCAGCCCUCACUACCGUAGCCCCUCCAGUCCUGUAGGGGGUGAUGUGACGACUCAGUACCCUGAACUGUCUACCCCACGUGGCCGGACAGAGCUAGCUUUCAGCAUGUCCCUAAACCCUUCCAGCAGCGUCAGACUCAAGACACACAGCUUUCCUCAGGGACAGGCCUUCAUCCGCAAGGACACCCUGGGAGGCUGGAACUUCACCUGGGUCCCCAAACAAGGCCCGUAAGCCUCAUUUAUGUCCUACAGACAGAGGCAAGAACUACAAUAAGCUAUGCAAAAUAGCGACCCUGCGUAGUUGCGUAGCAAGAAUAAGCAAACGUGCAGCCCCGUGAUUUGUAACAAGAUGCAAAUAACUAGACGCAAAUACUUAGGAUCACCAUUUUGCGUAGGUAACUGUGUUUGUGCAUAGGCCUGAAGGAAAAGCAUAAGAGGUAGCUAGCUGCUAAUCCAAAGGACGAUGGAUAACUUGCUGUUCUAAAAGAGAGAAUGACUGCCACAGAGACAAUUGCCCUUGUUGCGAUAAAACACUGUUAACCAUAGAAAAGUAAAACACUGCCCUGUACCCUUCAGCUGCAUACACAUAACUGGAAAAAACAGCCUUAAAGCAGCAGUGCAGUUUGGCAAAGUCACACUGCCUAGUGCUUACAGCCUUGAGCACUUUGAACACUUCACCUGUACUGUAGAAGAACAACACAAAGUUUACAGAUAGUAAACAGGUUGUAAAAUGUAGCCUGUAGAAGUUGAUCAAAUUUACCUCUAAGCUAUAACAAUGUUAUUAAUGAGACAUUAAUAAGACAGCUGCCUGACAAAAGUGCCCGACAGAAGUCUACUAGUUUAAUUUGAAUGUGUAAAUAAUCCUACUACAUAUUAACCCUACUUUGAGUGUCAAUGACGUUAUAGGGAACAGAGUUUUUCUUAGUCAGUUCAAAUGGUCAGUAAAAACUUGUGAUGCUAGCAAUCGGGGCUCAAUCAAACAUGGCACAGUAUCUGACCAGUACCCAAGGACACGCUCCCUAGAUUUACACCAUGGAUACACUAAUUUGACCAAAAAUAUGUGGAUGCCUGAUCGUCAAAAAUCUCAUUCCAAUAUCAUGGGGAUUAAUGUGGAGCGGGUCUCCGUUUUGCUGCUAUAACAGCCUCCACUCUUCUGGGAAGGCUUUCCACUAAACGUUGGAACAUUGCUGCGGGGACUUGCUUCCAUUCAGUCACGAGCAUUAGUGAGGAUGGGUCAGGGCUUUACACCACUCCAGCAAGCUUUACACCACUCCAGCCGUGACUUGGCAUUGCGCAUGGUGAUCUUAGGCUUGUGUGCAUUUACUCAGCCAUGGAAACCCAUUUCAUGACGAAGAGUUCUUGUGCUGAUGUUGCUUCCAGAGGCAUUUUGGAACUCGGUGGUGAGUGUUGCAACCGAGGACAGACGUUGUUGCUCCUGUACGUUUCCACUUCACAAUAACAGACCUUACAGUUGAACGAAGCAGCUCUAGCAGGGCAGAAAUUUGACAAGCUGACUUGUUGGAAAGGUGGCAUCCUAUGACGGUGCCACGUUGAAAGUCACUGAGCUCUUCAGUAAGGCCAUUCUACUGCCAAUGUUUGUCUAUGGAGAUUGCAUGGCUGUGUGCUCGAUUUUGUCAGCAACAGGUUUGGCUGAAAUAGCUGAAUCCAGUCAUUUGAAGGGAUGUCCACAUACUUUUGUAUAUAUAGUGUAUCUAUGGUGUAUAUAUCUAGUGAGCUUUUCCUGGUGUUUGAAAAAAGAACUGGUCCUAUUGAAAGCGUUUUACACACAAAAACUAGAGUAAAAUGUGCCCUUCCAGUCACUACAAACCCCUGUAAUACACUGUCUCUUGAGUUUAUAUGUACACAAUGUGAUUUUUUAAUUUUGUAUGUUGACCUGAGUUUGUGAUCAAAAAAAGAAAUACUGAUUAGCAAUUUUCUCUGUGAAGUUUGUUCCACAUACUUUGACAUAAUCUGUUUUAA